AAGCUCACAUUGAAACAGGGAAGCCGCAGUGAGGAAUCUGAUGGUUUCUUUUCCUCUUUUUUUUUUCCCGCGGUCUCUCUUCUUCGUGUGUGUGUCCCAAUGGAAUGUUCUUUUCCGGGGCAGCUGCCGUGGUCCGGCAACAGGAACGCGGCGACGUGUCCCGUGCGCCCACCGUACUAACGCCAUCCCCGCUGCCGCCGCGGCUUCCUCUUCCCACCACCACUCCGGUUGAUCCCCCUCCACACGGUGACACGCCGCUCCGCCCGUUCGGGGGUUCACUGCUCCGAGCUCUCGCGCGCCCUCACGAUGCCCGCGCCCGGCGACGGCGGCAUUGGCGAAGCGGAGGCGGCGAGCACCACGAAGAACAGGAGGACGAUCUCCGACUUCCUCGGCGAAGGCGAGGACGGCGAGGCGGCCUCGCCGCCGUCCCCGGGGACGCCGCCGCGGCUGCGGCUCCCGCGGUUCACCUGCGCCAGGAUCAGGUUCGGCCGGAAGCGCGGCGGCAGCCGCGCAGGCCGGGAGGAGGCUGAGAAGAGCGGCGGCGCGUCGUCGGCGGACUCCCCAUCAGGACCGUCGAAGCAAGCUGCGGGAACCGCCGCCGCCAGCAGCGGCACCAGCAGUGUGGCGGCGGCGGCGCAGACCACCGGCAUGGGGCUGAGCAUGCUCCUCCUCCUCGCGAGGACCUGCGUGGAGUUGAACCGGAUGGCCGAGGUGCGCGCGCAGAUGGAGGCGCUACUGAAGGAGAGCAGAGACGAGGCCGACAGGGUGAAGGGCGCCGCGGAUCACGUCGCCGUCACGCCGGGGACCUGCGACGGCAACCUGCUGCCGUCGACGUCGGCGACCACCGCGUCGUCAAGCUGCGUCUCGGACACGAGCAUGAACUGCCUGGGGAUCGCGCGCGGCGAGGACGGGAGGAGGGCGUCGGCGGAGGACGAGGGGUGCGCCGGAGUGGUGGACGGCGCGCUGGAAGCAGAGCUCGAGGUCGAGGCAGAGCCCGCGCGGCGUCAACCACCGCCACUGGAGUGGACGUGCAGCACCGAGCAAGAAACUCCUGAGUGUUCGAUGCGUUCGUCGUCGGACGAGGACGACGAGUUCAUCGAGCUGGAAGGAGGGCGCUUCGGCGGCGUUGGUGGAGACUCCGACGACGGCAGCGAGCGGAAUGAGGGAGGGGUGUCGGCGGUCGAGCUGGAGCGGAGGCUGCACGAGGUCCGGCACCGGCGGGACCGGGAGCGGAUCUCGGCGCUGGAGUCGGCGCUGCGGCGCGCGUAGCGGAGGCUGAUGGAGAAGGAGAUGGAGGCGCGGCUGUUGCAGGAGACGGCCGCGCUGGCGCUCGGGGGGCAGCCGGCGCCGCGCGGCGUCGAGCGCGGACAUUGACCCCCGCGCGCCGCCGUACCCGUACUACUGGCGUGGCGGCUGCUGUGCAGCCACCGCUUGUACGCUGCUCGGGUUGUGGUGUGGUCCACAGGUUAACGAUGAUCAACGAACAAGUUCCUCUCGGCUCUGGUCUGAUCUGACAGAGUGUUACUGUUACCAUAACCUUUUAUUUUCGAUUGCUUGAAAAAAAAUGGGGAAAAAAAAGAACUCGAUCAGCCACUUUGGCCGUUUCGGCAGAGUUGUUCUCUUUUGAGUCUGAGCUCUGAGCCAUCGGGCGCAUGCAGCACUGUAGCAUCAGUCCAUCUGUGAGGCCGUGACGUCACACGAC